AUGUCCAAAUCGGUAAACCUUGCGAUCAUAGGCUCCGGAGUCGUCGGCAGUGCCUUCUUAAGACAAUUGUCUCAAUUGAAAGACACCAUCAAAUACAACGUUAUCUACUUGGCUGUUAACUCCAGACAAGCCAUCAUUGCCCAAGAUUAUACCCCAAUUGAUGUUGCUCAGUACAAAAGCUUAGACACUGAGCCGAUUUUGACUUUGGAUAAGUUGACGACAUUUUUGAAGCUGUCCCCCAAGCCUGUGAUUCUUGUGGACAACACAUCCAAUGCUCAAUUGGCUGAGUACUACCCCAAGUUUGUGGAGGCUGGUAUUUCCAUUGCAACUCCCAACAAAAAGGCCUUUUCUUCCGACAUUUCUGUUUGGAACGACAUCUUUGCCAAGGAAGCUGCUCCAGGUGGAGGUCUUGUGUACCACGAGGCCACCGUGGGUGCUGGUUUGCCCAUCAUUGGUCCCUUGAAGGAGAAUGUCAAGUGUGGUGACAACAUUUACAAAAUUGAAGGGAUCUUUUCCGGUAGUUUGUCCUUUAUUUUCAACAAGUUUUCCACUACUGUUGCCAGUGACGUCAAGUUCUCCGAUGUGGUUGCCGAGGCAAAACAAUUGGGUUACACAGAACCUGAUCCAAGAGAUGAUUUGAGUGGGAUGGAUGUGGCUAGAAAGGUCACCAUUGUUGGCAGAAUUGCCGGGUUACCCAUAGAAUCUCCUACUUCGUUCCCUGUCAACUCUUUAAUCCCCAAGGACUUGGAAUCCGUAGCUACUGGUGCCGAAUUCAUGGAAAAAUUACCAUUGUAUGACGCUGAAAUGCAAAAACUCAAGGACGAAGCCUUUGCCGAAGGUAAGGUCUUGAGAUUCGUGGGGUCUGUCGAUUUGAAGACCAAGAAGGCCAGUGUUGGUAUUGAAAAAUAUUCAUUUGACCAUCCAUUCGCUUCUUUAAAGGGUAGUGAUAAUGUUAUCUCCAUUACUUCCGAAAGAUACCCUAACCCAAUAGUUAUCCAGGGUGCCGGUGCCGGUGAUGAACAAACUGCCGGCGGUGUUUUGGCUGACACCCUCAAGGCUGCCCACAGAUUAGCUGUAUAG